AUGUCAAAAAAAUUCAUCAUAUUUACAAUUAUCUUCAUGAUAAUUGAUGGUAUUCCCUCAAUAUCAACGGAAGACAAUGUUUUGUUGACGAAACCAUCUUCUUUGGCUUUCUACGCUUCGCAGAAUACAAAUUUAUCGACUAAUAAAUACUGUCGGACAUGUUGUAUUGAUGUCCAGGUGAAAACGGUGGGUAAAAAGUGUGGAUCUCAUACUUUGUGUAAAUACGCGAAUCAAAAAAUUGGUCCUGCAUGUAAAGGUUAUGUCCCUGUGUUGUUUUCUGACACAGAAAAGCAUCUCCUGGUGGAUGCACAUAAUACAAUCAGGAAUAAAGUCGCUUCUGGGGUGGUACCAGCGGCUAACAUGAGAAUGCUUGAAUGGGAUGAUGAAUUAGCCGCUACAGCUGACAGAUGGGCCGCGCAAUGCAUUUUUGGUAAUGAUAUCUGUAGAGAUUUAGAAAGGUUUCCCGUAGGGCAGAAUAUAGCAAGGGGAAGUAUCGCUACAGAUGGUGUGAUGCAUUUGUUGGAGAUGUGGUACCAAGGCGCAGAGUAUAUCAACAAGUCUAUUGUACAAUCUUACAAAUUACCUGUGGGGUCUAAAAGACAACAGAGGUUAUACACGAUGUAUUCACAGUUGGUAUGGGCUGAUACAUAUCUCAUUGGGUGUGCCAGAGUGAUUUUUCAAACAACAAAGGGUCCAAAAGUACAAUAUAUUCAACAUUUAAUAUGUAAUUAUGGUCCUACCGGUAACAUACCCAAUCAAAGAAUGUAUAAAAUAGGUACACCAUGCAGUGAAUGUCAAGAGGGUACCUCCUGUCAUUCGGAAUAUGAAUCUUUAUGCGCUACUGACGCAUGGGACGCUUUUGAUGAUUAUUUUCUGCAUGAAAAAGUCACUUACAACAACGGAACGCAACUAGCAGUACAAAAAUUCCUUGUAAAUUUAAUCUGUGCUUUACUUUUACAUCAAUGGUAAAAGAAAACUGUAAAAACAAUUUUUUUAUACAUUUUUUAUGAUUUCUUCUUAAAACACCCAAUAUAUAUUUGUGUUUUACUGGUUGCCUACCAUGAUUUGAAUAAAUUUAUACGUGACCUAACCUGGUCACGUGACACAAAA